AGCCCCGCGUGCGGGCUCUCCGGCGUUUGUGGGGCUGAACUUGCGGUUUCCUGCGGACAAUCGGAGGGGGGGGAGAGAAAUGUCUCAUUCUUUGAAUACUUGAGGAGUGACGACAACUUUCCCCUCGCGGACUUCCACGGAGGAUCGAGCGCGGAGCGGAGACCGAGAUGAGGGGAGCGCUUGCCGGGAUGCGACGGGAUCGAUCCUCCGAUCGGGAUUCGCACAGCUGAGCGGAGUUUGGCGGCGUCUGCAGCGGGAGCUGCCGAGCGAUGUUUCCUGCGGAGAUGUGCGGUUCGCUGAGGUUCAUGUCCGCGGAUGUUGCGGUGCGGUCGGGCUGCACACUGAGCCUGUGGCUGGCUGUGAUCGGACCGGACACAGACUGGGGCUGAAGCCUUUCUGGAGGGGAUCGAUAUGAGUUACUGGCAAAAAGGGAGAUGCCAAGGUUUUUUUUUUUUCUUUCCUUUUUUUCCCCUCUAUUUUUUUGUGAUCAUCCUUAUUACCAUAAGGAGGGAGGACAGCAUGCAAGCAUAAGGAUUUUCUUUUAUUGGAUUUGCAUUUAAAGCAGAUCUGAGAAAAAUCUGCUUUCCAUCAGACAUUCCUGCAUACUUAAUGUGAUGUUUUGUUGCCUUUGCAAACUGUUGCAAGAUUGUUACAAGUGGAUGUGGAUAGUCUUUGCUCUUGCACUAAAGUUUUCUCCCCUUUUUGACUAUCAUGCUUUGGAUUGUGACACUUUAUCACACCAUCCUCCAUAAAUAUCAAUUUCAUGGACUGUUGCACACAUAAAAAUAUGUAUUUUUCAUCCAGGCUUUAACUCUGACUUGAAAACUAAGGCAAUGGGACAUUACAGCAACGCUUUUAAGGAAGAGAACUGUCAGCUGCUUGCUGUCAAACUCCAGUAAAAUGUAUCCUCACUUCCGUGGAAACAUGGCAGGUCGCUGGGUUGUGUACUCAGUUUGCCUGCUGCCGCUGCUCGCGGUGGGGACAGCUUUCUCGGGGGUCUUCAACAGCUCAGACAGAGACAUUUUUACAGAUGACUUGCUGCAGGUCAAGCUUUCACAAGACAGAGCGGCCGAGCAGUGGAAACUCCACUCCAAGGAUUCCCAUCCCAACCUAUACUUUAGCCAAGUGGAUGUGUUGCACUUGAGGCAAAGGUCCUCCACCACCCACAGUCACAUAUUUAAAGUUAUUCGGGCGGCUGUGCUCACCAUGUUAUCUAAUGCCCCCCUUCACCUGCCCCCUGUGAAACAUGAGGAGUUUACAAGCAAGUGGAAUGAGAUUUAUGGGAACAACCUGCCUCCUCUGGCUCUCUACUGCCUGUUGUGCCCAGAGGAUUCUGCUGCCCUGCAGUUUCUUAUCAAGUUUAUGGAUAGAAUGGCCGAAUACCCAGACUGGAAGGUGACCAGCGCACCGAACGACGAGGUACCUGCGGCACAUUCUCUCACUGGAUUUGCUACUGCUUAUGACUUUAUUUACUCCUUCUUGGAUGAGCAGAGAAAGGAUGUUUACCUCCAGAAAAUCCGCACUGAGACAGAGGAGCUGUAUGAGUUUUCAAAGUACAGAGCGUGGGGGAAACAGUAUCUCCACAAUCAUCAGACCACCAACAUAUUAGCCAUCCUCAUUGGUGCGAUCGUGGUGGGAUCCCAUGAUGACCCCGAGUCCAUGAUCUGGAAACAAGUGGCAGUGAACUAUAUGGAGAAAACCAUGUUUCUCCUGAAUCACGUUGUGGAUGGUUCUCUCGACGAGGGAGUAGCUUAUGGAAGCUACACAGCCAAGUCCAUCACGCAGUAUGUAUUCAUAGCUCAGCGUCAUUUUGACAUUGACAACACUCAAAACAACUGGCUGCGGGAACACUUCUGGUUUUAUUAUGCCACCUUGCUGCCAGGCUUUCAGAGAAGCGUUGGCAUCGCAGACUCCAACUACAACUGGUUUUAUGGGCCGGAGAGCCAGCUGGUUUUCCUCGACACAUUUGUCAUGAAGAACGGGACGGGCAACUGGCUGGCUCAACAGAUCAGAAAACACCGGCCCAAGGACGGCCCGAUGGGGCAGUCGUUCUCCCAGCGCUGGGCAACGCUUCACACAGAAUUCAUCUGGUACAACUCCCACCUCCUGCCGCAGCCUCCCCACCACUUUGGGAAAGCAAGGACGCAUAUUUUUUCAAACUGGGGCGUAGUUACCUACGGGGCUGGGCUUCCUAACGGCCAGGGUAAUACUUUUGUUUCCUUUAAGUCAGGUAGGCUGGGUGGGCGUGCGGUCUAUGAUAUUGUCCAUGAAAAGCCUUACUCCUGGUUGGAUGGCUGGAACAGCUUUAAUCCGGGUCAUGAGCAUCCGGACCAGAACUCUUUUACUUUUGCUCCCAAUGGGCAGGUGUUUGUGUCUGAAGCACUUUACGGGCCAAAGUACAGCUAUCUCAACAAUGUUUUGGUGUUCAGUCCGUCUCCGACCAGUCAGUGUAACAGUCCAUGGGAGGGUCAGUUAGGGGAGUGUGCGAAGUGGCUGCGCUGGAUUGAUGAGGGGGUGGGUAAUACUAGAGGUGAGGUGAUCGUCGCCUCCUCACACAGAGACACCAUGUUUGUGAGCGGGGAAGCAGCGUCAGCCUAUUCCCCGGCCAUGAGGCUGAAGAGUGUGUUCAGAGCCUUGGUUCUGCUCAACUCUCAGACCCUGCUGGUGCUCGACCAUGUGGAGAAGUGGGCUGAUUCACCCGUGAAGUCGCUCAGCGCUUUUUUCCACAAUCUCGACAUUGACUUUAAAUACGUCCCUUUCAGAUUCAUGGACAGAUACAACGGUGCGAUGAUGGAUGUGUGGGAUGCUCAUUAUAAAAUGUUCUGGUUUGACAGCAAGGGUCACAGCCCUGAUACGAAGAUACAGGAGGCAGAACAGGCGGCCGAGUUCAAAAAGAGGUGGACGCAGUAUGUCAACGUCACUUUCCACAUGACAGGCACAGUCAGCAGAGUCGCCUACGUCUUACAUGGGCCGUACGUCAAAGUGUCCGACUGUAGAUUUAUAGAUAACAACAUAGAUGGGGUGAGGCUUUCUUUAACCAUAAAUAACACAGAGAAAAUUGUGUCUAUUGCUACUAACUAUAAAGAUAUUGGAGCAAGGCGGAAUUAUUUAGGGUUUGGGGGUCACUGUAAAGUUGAUGACAGAUAUCAGACCACUCGAUAUGGCCUUGGGACACAACUCAUCCCCAAACAAAACAACAGCGAUAAUCAGCUGUUUGACUUUGGAUUCACAGUUAGUGUGGUUGUCGGGGUCGUUCUCUGCGUGGCAAUCGGCUUUCUGACCAUGCAGAGGAAGUUUUAUGGCUGCUUCAGCAGGCUGAUGCGUUGCACCCUCCUCUUUGUGCUCCUUCUCUGGGUAGCUGAGCUGCUGUUUGUGUCCAACAGCUGCGAUCAGCUUCUCUGUGGGGUAAAAUGGAAAGGUCAGGGCGCCAAAAGUGAAGUAAAUAAACAAAUAAGACUGUACGAGCAGCACCGGCUCCCCCUCCCCACUGUCGUCAUAACAACCCUUCCCGGAUCGGGAUCGGAAAUACUCAAGCACCUUUUCUAUAACAGCUCAGACUUUGUUUACAUAAGGGUUCCCACCGAGCAUGUGGACAUCCCCGAGACGGAGUUCGAGUUUGACUCUCUGGUUGAUGCGUGUGAGUGGUCAAGGUCAGACGCCAUGCACGGACGGUUUAAGAUUAUUCAGGGCUGGCUGCAGUCGCUGGUCCACAACACUAAGUUACACUUGCAGAACAUUCAGCUGGUGGAGGGGAGCAGGGUCAAACAGCCACAGAGAACCGGGACCAUCAGGGACAGGAAGAAAAGGUCCAGGACGAGAGAGUCCGCGUCCGAGCUCAAGGGUAAACUGAGAGCCAGCCUGGACAAAGACGCAGAGUACGUUCGAGAGCUGAGACGCCACGUUGAGGACUACCCCAACGCGCGAGUGGUUCUCAACAUGCGCAGUGGAAGCUGGUCGCUCAAACUGCCUUUCAUUCAGGAGGUGAUAGGACCUUCCCUCCGGACAAUCUAUUUGGUGAGGGACCCCCGAGCGUGGGUUUAUCUCAUGCUUUAUAACAGCAAACCCAGCCUUUACUCACUGAAAAACAUCCCACAGCACCUCUUCUUGAUAUUCAAGGAUGAUGCUGUCAGGGAUGGGUGCCCAGCCGUCGCUCCAGAGUUUAAAGCAAUUCAGAAGAUGCUGUCCCGCUCGGAGACAAACCCAGUUCUCAUCCUGGCUCAUCUAUGGCUGGCUCACACGGCGGCAGUGCUGAGGGUCAGCGAGAGCCUCCCUGAGGAGGCCUUCCUCCAAGUGAGGUUCGAGGACGUGGUCAACUCGCCCCAGGAAACGGCAGAGACAAUACACACUUUCCUCGGGGUGCCGGUGUCGCCCUCAGCACUCAAUCAACUUGUUUUCACCACCUCCACAAACUUGUACAACCUCAUGUAUGAAGGAGACAUCUCACCAGCCAACAUUAAGAUAUGGAGACAGAAACUGCCUCAGAAAGACAUCCGACUGAUAGAGGACGUGUGUGAACCUGUGAUGAAGAGGCUGGGAUACACUCGGUUUGUCAGUUAACUGCUGCUGGUCAGCUGAUAUUGAGCUGUCUUGUUUAUUGCCACACAUGUUUUGUUUUUGCACUGACUUUUUUUUUUUUUUUUUCUUUUAUCCCGAUCAAGGUUCAGAGGAAACUGGGUAUUCUUUCUGUCUGUGUUCAAAUCUUUUUCUUUCAGCUGAAUUCUGUGUAUGUUGGAUGUUGUACUGACUAUGGCAACAGAUGUUUAAACAGAAGAAUGUUUUAUAUUAAAAUAGGUGGGAGGGAGCUCAAGCUAUCGUUCUUUCGCGCGCCCGGCAGCCCUUCACACUUAUUACAGCACUCUUUUAUUGAGUGAGACCUUAAGACCUCUGCUCUCAUACUGCAGAGGAAUAUCACAAAAUCUCGGCAUAAAUAUCGUGUUACUGCCAUACAUAUCAGCUCAGCUUCUCAGUAAAGAUUACUCCAAGUGUCUUUGUCAGAGAUGAAAAUGUAAGAGUUGUUUUACAUGUGUGAUGUCAAAAAAAAUAUGUUUGUGCAAAAUUAUGCUGUAUUUACAUUGAUUAGGCUUUUUUUUUAAUGGAUGGGAGAGGGAAAUAUCUACUGUUUUAGAACAGCUAUGUAAUGAAGCUCAUUAAGAAAUCUCCCAGCUCCGGGGUUCUAAUUUGGCUGUCAUCUCACAAUCUGAACCUUUGAGUGCUGUUUCCCUUUAAAAAAUGUAAAGGAAUACUGCAACGUGUGGGCUGAAAGCUAAGCUGGGAAUUAGAGGAUGACAGCAACAUUUGACUUCAGUGACACAGACACAUAAAUGGUAUGGAUUUUAUUUUUAUUGCAGCCGUGAAGGGAUUUCGUUUUGCCUAUCCGAGAUGUCACAACAGUUUGGUGGCUUAGCACUUUCAUGAGGACUCUUUCGAUUGUAUGUGAGAUUCAGUGUAUUUUCAGGAGGGCUAACUUUUAUUGUAUGUACUCGAUUAGCCUAGAAAUAUAAAAACUCUGAAGAAAAUAUGUCUAGAAGAAAGAAAGUAUUUAUGGGUUCCAAAGACAUAUAUCCCAAAGGAUCAAGAAUGAAUAUGAUUAUUGUAACUCCCUUUAGCAUUUAUUGAAUUAGAUCAGAGGAAAGUACUUAAUAGGGAUCAAACCGAGGGAAAAAAAACUGUCAGCCUUGACAUAUUUCUAGUGAAAGCAAUUUCCAAAGCAUCCCCUUUAGCUACUCAUAUUAAUCUGCAAAAUGCCAUAACCAAGGCUUACCCUGUGUUUUAUUGCUGUGAUAUCUUCACUAUAAUGGCCUGGAGUACAGUAACCAUUUCCUGUCGUGGUCACUCGCAUAGCCAAUGAUCUUUGUUUUUGUUUUGUUUUUUUGUCUUUUAAAGAGUACAGCAAGCAGUGCACUGAACAGGGGAUGAAUAUUAAGUACAGCUCGAAAAAGGAGAGAAAAAAAAAAGUCAGAGACCAUUUCUACUCUGUGAUGUUCUGCUCUUUGGACCGGGCAAAAUAAAUCCACACUACUCAGUAAGCUUUGAUGCCGUCUUGCUUAAACAUGUCUGUACUGUAAAUGACUCACAUGUAACAUGCAGAUGGUGCAUUCAUUUAGAGACUCUGCAUUGCAUCUGUACACACA